ACGUGAUGCUGCGAGUUCGCGGCUCCGCCCGGUCACAUGACCGCGAUGUCAGCCUAUCGUCUGCCGCAUGGAGUCAGAGGCGUGAUUGGUCGGCGGUGAAGUCAUGCUGUUGGCACGGACGGCCCACGAAACCUUGUUACGGAUUCUCUUCUUCCCGACGGGAUCCUUCCGCCGGCCUCGCCCCAAUGCUUCCGAGGUCCUGACCCAGCACCUCCUCCAGAGGAACCUGCCGCCCUGGACCUCCUUCUGCGUGAAGUACAGCGCCGCCAACAACGACCAGUUCGGUUUAUCCAACUUCAACUGGGAAGUGAAAGGCGCAAAUUACCACGUCCUCCGGACGGGCUGCUUCCCAUUCAUUAAGUAUCACUGCUCCCGCGCCGCCCCCCAGGACCUGCGCCUCCUCAACCACUUCUUUAGCGGUCUGAAAGCCAUAAAUCUAGGGAUCCCCACUCUUAUGUAUGGCCUGGGAUCCUGGAUGUUCGCAAGAGUAACGGAGACUGUCCAUACCAGCUGUGGGCCGGUGACCAUCUACUUCCUGAUCAAGGAGGAUGAAGGAGCUCUGUUCUGACGCUGGAUGCAAUCUUCCCAUUAAUGCUCCACCCACUACAGGCUGCAUGCAGAAAACUACAGGAGGGGGGCGGAGACCAGACCAGCCACCCUGCACAGGGAGAGAGAGCAGUGGGAGGGACACCCAGCUGGCUCCACCCUCUACAGGCUGCCUACAGAAAACUACAGGAGGGGGCGGAGACAAGAACAAUCACUCUGCAUAAGAACAUGCGACAGUUGUCCAUUAUCAUUGGUGAAAGCCUAAGUCGCGACCAUCCAAAGUUGCGCGACUUUUGAGUUGUACAAGCGUGAAUGGAGGACAUGAUUGGCUCGGGUGGUUGCUAUGAAAUCUCUUUGUGUCGUGUCCUCUGGUAUUCUGGAGUCUCUUAUUUUUCUUUCUUUAUCUUGUUUUCUCAUCUUCCUCUGUUUUUCGGCUUUAGAAAACGGCAGUUGGAGGGACGGAUUUUGUGAACUUUUAAUAUAUUGCCCUAUUUAAUAAAAUGUAUUUAUACAUUGUAGAUGAAUGUUACAAAAUAAAGAAUAACAUGGGCUAGGUUUA